AUGGCCAACAAUUCCACCUCUGAAGUUAGCCAUGGCCAGCUACCCAAGACAUCGUCCACAUGCUUGACGGAGGGUGUCACUGCGGUGCAUGAUUUUGAGGUGGCCAAUUACCGGUUGCUGGAUGGCAUUGGCAUCGGCAAGCACGUCAGCUCAAGCAACUUCAGCGUGGGUGGCUUCGAAUGGUUUAUCAAUUUCUUCCCGGAUGGGAGGAUGGCAGACUACGCUGACUAUACAUCAGUCUUUCUUGACCGUGUCAUCCAACAGAAUGACACUUAUAAUGUCAGGACUAAGUUCACCUUAAACAUGCUAGAGAAAGACGGCGAGGCACAAUUAACUAAAUAUAAUGAGAUAAAUCAUGUCUUUUCCUCAGCAAAGUCAUAUUGGGGCUACUUCAGAUUCGUUGCCAAAGCGAAACUGAAAUCAUCGUCGCAAGCCAACAAUGGCUUCUUCAUUAUACGUUGUGUUCUCACCGUGAUAAAAGAACCUUGCACCGAGGUUAAGAGGAACACUGUUGUGGUUCCGCAACCUAAUAUGCAAGGCCAACUCUGCCAAAUGUGGAAGGAUGGACAGGGAGCAGAUGUGACAUUCAGUGUGAGUGGCCAAUUGUUCAAAGCUCACAGAUGCUUGUUGGCUGCACGGUCUCUGGUUUUCAAGGCGGAGCUCUUUGGUCCUAUGAAGGAGAAAGAAACACAGUGUAUCAAAAUUGAUGACAUCGACCCUAAAAUCUUUGAGGCGCUUCUUCACUUCAUAUACACAGAUUCCCUGCUAGUCAAUGAGCACCACAGAGAAGGGUUAAAUGGGAUGUGCGAAAGUAAAUUGUCUGAGCGCAUUGACGUGGAGACUGUUGCAACAACAUUGGUUUUAGCAGAGCAAGUGCAACACCAUUGCAAGGAUCUCAAAGAAGCAUGUGUUGAGUUUAUCGCUCCACGGAAUGUUCUACAAGCUGUUAUGGCAACCGAUGGUUUCGAGCAUUUGGUAGCAAGCUGUCCUUUGCUCAUGAAGGAGUUACUGGACAUGGUGUCCCGUGGUGGCUAG